CGGCGGCGGUUGGCGGUGCGUGGCGGCCCGCGGACAGCGGGGGGCCUGGGAGCGGGGACCCGGUGCUGCCCCUUGUAGUCCCGGGCUCGCCCGCGGACCCCUGCGGUCCCUGAUGGCUUUGUUCGCGGUCGGGUAGAGUGCGGUGCUGCCUCUCAGCUGUCGCUCCCCGCCACCUGGGUGGCAGCAUAAAGCAGACAAAAGGACAGUAAUGGUGCUAACUUUUUUUUGCAAAUUUGUGGACUUCCGGAACGCUGUAAAAAACCAACCAGUUUUGAUGUGUGAUUUCUAGUCCUUCCUUUGCGUUGUUAACGGAACACGGUUUGAAUAAAGUCAGCGUUAAGGCUCUUCCUCUCUGCGUGUGCCCCGUCCCACUCGUACUAUUAACUGUUGUAAAUUUGACGUGUCUGCUUCAAGAUUUUCUUUUAAUAUGCGGAUUCCUGUUGCGUGUAAAUCAUGUCCCUGUGGUUAUAUAUUUAUUAGCAGAAAACUACUAAAUGCAAAACACUCAGAGAAAUCACCACCGUCUACAGAAAACAAGCAUGAGGCCAAGAGGAGGCGAACAGAGAGAGUCAGGCGAGAGAAGAUAAAUUCUACAGUAAAUAAAGAUUUAGAAAACAGAAAGAGAUCUCGAAGUAACAGCCAUUCAGAUCAUAUCAGACGAGGAAGAGGAAGACCUAAAAGUUCAUCCGCCAAAAAACACGAGGAAGAGAGAGAAAAACAGGAGAAGGAAAUUGACAUCUAUGCUAACCUCUCUGAUGAGAAGGCUUUCGUGUUUUCAGUUGCCUUGGCAGAAAUAAAUAGAAAAAUUAUCAAUCAAAGACUUAUUCUCUGAUAUUUGUCUUCAGAAUCUGUCGCCACUUUCUUCAGGAUGAUGUCAGCAGAUGCUCAGACAGUCGUGGACUCUCAGACUGUGUGAGCGAGGGCCACUGUUGCUUCUCUCUGUUUUCUAGUCUGUUGCCACACUUAGGGAGCCAAGCUGCGGGCUUAGACUCUGCUGGGAUUUCCUGUUUACCAAGGAUUAUUAUCAGUGUUCUGUGUUGGGAUUUACUAAGUGUAUUUACAAAAACAAACAAGCAAAACUACCCCAAAAGCCCUGGCAACUGGAUGGAUAUUUACAGAGGAAGGGUGGGGGAUAGGAGUGUGGUGGAAGACACAGCCAGAGCAGCAGACAUGCUUGGUGGUUUUCAGGUCUGCACCAGAGAGGCAGUGUCUUAAGUCCUGUCAGGAGAGUGACUUUUAAAUGUAUGUAUUACAGGCUUUCACCAUUAACAGAUGCAUAUAUACAGUCCAUUGACUUUUAAUACGUUGGUAAUUGAUAUUUUAUUGAAUGGAGAAUUACGAAUAUAGAUUAUAAAUUCUGUCUUUAAUUAACCUUUUUCUUGGGCGCUAUUUUAAUGAUUUAAGGUAGGAGUUAUAUUUUCAGAAACUUUCUAGACAGUUUGGAAAUUUGGGUGCUAUAUGAAGAAAAGCAUUUAAGGCUGUAUCAUAUUUCAAAUAUAAACACCUUGUUUUCUUGAAUGUUUAUUUAUUGGUUUUAAAAAACUUUGCUGUUAUCAAGAUGGUGCCUGUUAACCUAAACACAGAUAUAUUUAUUAUAUAAAUUGCAAAAUAUUUCUUAGCUACUUGUGAACAGUGAUGUUUUGUCUGAAUGAAUGUUUCAUUUAUACGUAAUUCUGGUAAUUAUUUAAACUGUUACUUCAUCCUGGAAAAAAAAAUAAACCUUAAUAUUGAAAGUGAGUAGAUUAAA